AAAAAGAAUUAAAAAAAAAAGAAAAAAGAAAAAAGAAAUCCCCCCAUCACCUCAGGAUUAUUAUUUUUUUUAAUUAUUUCUUUUUUAUUUCUUUUGAUUUUCUUUUCUUUUAUUUUCGAAAAUAAUUAUCAUUAUUCCCUGCUCCCCACCUGGCCCAGCAAAUCCUCCCUCUUCGUUCUUUGUCUAUAAACCCCGUUCUUUCCUUCCCCCCUGUUCCCAUUCUCAUACCCCCACUUGUACCUUAACGUGAGUGUGGAUUCGGAUUGGGUCUCGAAAUUGCCUGUUCGCCGUCUGCCCUACCUAAUCUCAUAUAUGGUUCGCCUGUAGCCACUUAAUAUAUCUAUCUCUGGCCUCACCUCUUCUACUCUCUUUCUUUUCUUACCUCCAAUUCUUCUACACAUCCAACCUUCUCCAAACACCUGACCUACCUCACCUUACUUACGUCUCCCACUCCGACACCUGACAUCAUGGAUCUCGCCAGUCUCAUUACUCCGGGUCCCGAUCCCCUCUACAAGCCCAGGGCUUCGUACAGCCCUUCUGCUGCGGGCUCAUACUUCCAGUCGGUCCCGACGUCGUACUCGCGCACGCCGCAACCGCCUCUCUCUCCACCCGUGGACGAUGUCCCCAAGUGUUCUCUCCCUUCCAUCUCCUCUCUCUUGGAAGGCGCCGACGGUGCCGCCAUGCACGCAGCCAAGCGCCAAAGAACUACCCCGCCAUUGCACGGCGAGGCAGAAAUCCGCUCUCAAGCCAAGGUCCGCGAGACGUUCGCUCCCAGCGGACCUCAGACCAACAUGCCACCCACUCCGCCAUUGCGACCUGGCUCCGGCUUCCACAGCAAUGGCCACUCUCCAUCCGCUUCUUCGGUCUCGGCCAUCAGCAGCACCGCGAUCAAGACGGAAUCCUACCCCCAAACGCAGAUGACCCUGCCUAGCCCCACGGACCGGUCUUCGAUCUCGAGCCAGGGCUCCGUUCAGCAUGUUCCCAGUGCUCCUUACGUCUCUCCCGCUCCCAGCGUGGCUUCCUACUCGUCUCCCAUCGACCCGCCUGCCUCGUCCGCUGUAUACUACCAAAGACCCGGAUCCUCGGGUACCUACCAGAGCGCGCCCGCGCAAGCCGCUCCUCUGCCGCCUGCCUCCACCCAGCAAAUGAUCCCUCAGGUCGCCAACGCCUGGCAACAUCACCACUACUUCCCUCCCUCCAGUGCCGGGGCAUUCCAGCAGAACCACGAUCGAUACAUCUGUCGCACCUGCCACAAGGCCUUCUCCCGGCCUUCCAGCCUCCGCAUCCACUCCCACAGCCACACCGGCGAGAAGCCCUUCCGCUGCACCCACGCCGGCUGUGGCAAGGCCUUCAGCGUACGGAGUAACAUGAAGCGUCACGAGCGGGGUUGCCACACUGGUCGACCAGUGGCUACUGCCAUUGUAUAAAUUAUCUGGCAGGUUGAACUUGCCGACAGAAAAACAGCAAAAAAGAAAAAAAAAAUCCGAGAAAAAAGAAGGGAAAAAA